AUGAUGCAAUCAGAGCAUAUUGAUAUUGAUAAUGCUAUUGUUCAAUUGAAAGGGUUAGUAUCGUUUCUGAAAAACUAUAGAGAAACUGGAUUUGAAAAAGCAAAAGCAGAAGCUAAGAUUAUUGCAGAGUCUAUGGAUAUCGAACCAGACUUUUCAGUGAAACGAAAGCGCAUUAUUAAAAGGAAGAAGCAUUUUGAUGAAGCAGUAGAAAGAGAUGAUGAAUCUGAGAUGCUAAGUGAGGAAGAGAAGUUUAAGAUUGAUUAUUUCUUGAGAAUCGUGGAUCAAGCUAUAGUAUCUCUUCAAAUAAGGUUUGAACAAUUUGAAGAGUAUGAAAAAACUUUUGGAUUUUUGUUUGAUCUACAUAAGCUCAAAUCGGCAACGGAUGAUAGUUUGAAGGCAAAAUGUAUCAACCUUGAAUCUUCUCUUAAACAUGGUGCCAAUUCAGACAUUGAUGGAUAUCAUUUAUAUCUAGAGAUCAAAAUUCUAAGAAAUGUUUUGCCAACUGAGAUCAAGAAAGCUGUUGAAGUGUUAGAUUUUUUAAGAAGAUUUGAAGGUCAUGGUUAUCCAAAUACGUGGAUUGCAUAUAGAGUGAUGCUAACUAUUCCAGUUUCUGCUGCUUCGGCUGAAAGAAGUUUUUCCAAGCUGAAGUUAAUAAAGUCUUACUUGCGGUUAACUAUGUCAGAGGAGAGACUGAAUGGUUUGGCAAUGUUGUCAAUUGAGAGAGAUAUGGUUGGAAAGCUUGACUACCAAAGUUUGAUAAAUGAUUUUGUGGAGAAAAAUAUAAGAAAACUUAUUUUUCGAAAUCCAUAG